GGCAGCACUCCUCCAUUAUUGCCACCCCACUCUCCCAAGCUCACCACUCCGCCAUUCCUCUAUCAGACGCAACCAAGAUCCAACAAUGGCGAUUCCUUAGCGAGAGGGCAGUGAGCGAGGGAAAUGGCGGGGGUGCGCGCCGGGACGGGGGCGCUGACCUCCCUCCUCGGCAAGCUCACCGCGCUGCUCAGCGACGAGUACACGCUGCUCGCGGGCGUGCGGAAGGAGGCCGAGUUCCUGCAGCGCGAGCUCGGCGCGAUGCAGGGGCUGAUGGAGACGCUGGCCGCCAAGCCUAGGCUCGACCCCGAAAACAUAAUCUGCAUUCGGCUCGACCCCCAGGAGAAGCUCCUGAAGGGCAACGUGCGAGAGCUCAGGUACGCCAUCGAAAACUGCGUCGACCGCUUCAUGCUCCUCAUCGGUAGCAAGGGAGACGCCGACGGCGGGUUCAUGAGCGACACCGUGCGCCGGCUCAAGACGCUGCGGAAACGCCAUGAGCUCGCCACUCAGUUCAAGGACCUGAAGGCUCUCGUCAUGGAGGAGAGCCAGCGGCGCGAGAGGUACAGGCUUGACAGCCCUGCCCAAACAAGCAGCGGGUCCGUCGUGGAGUUAGACCCGCGGCUGCCUGCGCUCUACGCGGAGGCCAAGGGCUUGGUGGCCAUCGACGGCCCCAGGGAUCGGGUUGUCUCUUGGCUGGCGGAGAAGAGCUUGGAUCUGAAAGUGGUGGCCAUUGUUGGAGGUGGAGGGUUGGGGAAGACGGCUCUCGCCAUGGAGGCCUACCGCAACAUCACAGGCGGCUUCGAGUGCCGAGCAUCUGUGUCGGUGUCGAGGACCCUUUACAUUGACAAGCUCUUGAAGGAUGUCCUUUCUCAUGUCGACGAAGAUGUGUUUCAGAAAUGCCAGAAGGAGAGGUGGGAGAAUGAGCAACUAAUCCGUCAGACCAGAAAGUUCUUUACAGGAAAGAGGUACUUCAUAGUUAUUGAUGAUGUAUGGAAAGAUGAAGACUGGAAAUUUGUCAAAGCGGCUUUUCCUGAUAAUCAUAAUGGCAGCAGAAUAAUUGUUACUACACGCAUUACCAGUGUAGCUAACUCAUGUUGUUCUAACUCUGGUGAUCACCUCUACAAAAUGGCAGCACUAAAUGAUGUUGAUUCUCGAAGAUUGUUCUUUAAGAGAACUUUCCACUCCGAAAAAUCCUGCCCUCCUCAUCUGGAAAAGGUUUCAGUUAAGAUUUUAAAAAAAUGUGGUGGUCUACCAUUGGCUAUAAUUACAAUUGCGAGUUUGCUAGCCAAUAAACCUCAAAGCACAGGUGAAUGGGAGAAACUGCAAGAUUCAAUUGGUACUGGUCUUUCAUAUGAGAAUGAUGAUGGUGGAAAAGGAAUGAGAGAUAUAUUAUUACUUAGUUACUGGGAUCUUCCACACCACCUGAAGACUUGUUUAUUGUACGUAUGUAUAUAUCCAGAGGACCACCGUAUCAACUGUGCAGAACUGAAAUCGAAAUGGAUAGCUGAAGGAUUUGUUGCUACACAAUGGGGAAAUCUGUAUCAAGAAGCAGAGAACUAUUUCAAUGGACUUGUCAAUAGAAAUCUGAUUCAGCCAGUUGAUGUUGGCUAUGAUGGCAUUGUGCACUACUGCCAGGUUCAUGAUAUGGUGCUUGACCUUAUAAUAUCUUUGGCAGAAGAAGAAAACUUUGCCCUUAUUCUAAAUGGACGUGUCUGCAAUUCUUUGCCAAGCAAGAUUCAUCGGAUCUCCAUACAAUCUAGUGGGCAAGAACAUAAAGGAGCAACCCAUGAGAUCACAAAAAGCAAGUUACAUCUUCGCUCACUGAGUGUGUUUGGAGAAGAGGAGUCCAUACCCCUACUUGUGGACUUCCGUUCCUUGCGCGUAUUGGAUUUACUUUAUGGUGGUUUGUGGCGAGAGAAUAGGCAUAUAAAGAAUGUGGGAAGUUUGUCUCAGCUGAGGUAUUUGCGACUUAAUGGUGAAAAAAUCACCAAGCUUCCUGACGAAAUUGGGGAGUUACGCUACUUAGAGACUCUCCAUUUGAGGGGUUGUAGAAGCCUCACAACACUGCCAUCAAGUAUGGUUCGCCUACAGAAACUGGUGCGCCUAUUUGUUUACGCAGGCCUUUGGCUGCCUGCAGAUGUGUUUGGGAGCAUGCAAGCCUUGGAGGAAGUAUCAUGCAUCAAUCAUGUUGACAACGCAGUAAAAUUUGCAGAGGUGCUCGGGAAUCUAACAAAACUGAGAAAGCUCACGCUGUGUUGUGAGACAUCUCAUAUACGAGGACAUGGUCGUAAGGAAAGAUUUUUGGAACUUUUGCGGUCAUCUGUAUCCAAGUUGGCCGAAUACAACCUUCAGUAUCUUUAUGCUCCUAAUGAAUUAGUAGAGUAUAUGUUCAAGGAUCAAAGCCGCGCCUUUCCGCACCUCCAAGUUAUUAAAGUGUUGGAAUAUAUGAAAAGUGUUCCCUCAGGAAUGGCUUCCCUAAACAAUGUCGUCGAUUUGGACAUAGAAGUUCGGAGGUUUUAUGAGGAAGAACUCCAUCUUCUCAUGGGUUUGCCUUCUCUGACCCAUCUCCAGCUGAAGGUAAUCGAUCCGGAGGCUUGGGCGAGAAUGACAGCGAUGACUGUCGGUAGUAACGGAUUCAAGCUUCUAAAGGUGUUCUGCUUUGUGUUUAAGGGGUUCACGGGAACAGGAAUAGCAUUUGCACCAGGUGCUAUGCCAGCACUCCGACGGUUCCACCUUCAGUGGAAAGCAAAGGAGGUUAUGUGCAAAUAUUCAUAUUCUGACAGUGCUGACAUGGGCAUCGAGCUUCUUUCAGGCCUUGAGCACCUCCAGAUUGAAACUGAUUGUUAUGACGCAACUGUGGCCGAGGUGGAGGCAGUGGAGGGUUCCAUUGCAAAAGCAAUCGCCCUGCAUCCCAACCGGCACACUCUUCAAGUCCAUAUCACUACUAGAAAGGACGAUUGUACUAUUUUCAAGGAUGACGAAGAGAGGUCCGCGGCAUGGAAGGAGUACUGGGCCGGACAGGCGCUCGGUGAGUAUUGAGAUGUAGGAGGUAUACAUCUCGCGCCGCUGGUUAUGGAGCCCCAUGGGAGCGUGAUCAGUACGAGUGCCAUCAUGUCAUUUCUCAGAAGUGUGCCAUAGCUACGUUGUGCGGUAUCCACGUUUGUUUAAUUCUGCUAUGUAAUAAGACUCUGCAACUUGUUACGACGCUCUGUUUUCCUAAGCAUUGUGCUACCAUAUUUCAUGCAUGGAUCGAACGCCCUGGAUGUAAGCUAUUUUAUGGAUCAUUUCUUGUUUGAAAAUAAAUCUUAGACCCUCUAAGCUGUA